AUGUUUGAGAGGCUGGUGAAAUUAAAAGAACCCCUCACAAUUGUCAUGAUAUCACUAAAAGAAGCUCCUUCAAAUCUUACACCUGAAGAAUGGGUUAUUGUUGAAGACAUUAUACCGUUGUUACGACCAUUCAAUAGCUUAAUAGUUGAGCUAUCUGCUGAGCAAUAUCCUACAAUAUCAAGAGUUGUACCUUUGAUAAGAGGAUUACAAACUUCAUUAUGCUCUAAGAGUCCAAAAACAUCAGUUGGAAGAUUUAUAAAAUCAAACUUGGUGGCGCAAGUAAAUUGGCGUUUUGAAGGUAUUGAAACACAAUCACUAUUUCCAUAUUUUUCUCGUGCAACACUUUUAGACCCGAGGUUUAAAAAAGCUGCUUUUGGAGUUGAGCAAAAUGCUUCUGAAGCUGAGAGAAGCAUUAUAUCGGAAAUAGCAAGUUUAACACAUAGGUAA